GCCGUUGUAAAGCCUCAGUAUGUCGAUCAGAUCCCUAGGGCAGUGAAGGGUCCAGUCCAGAAUGUCGGCGAUCUCAUCAAAGCUCGUGCUCAGAUGGACAACAUGGAGCACAUUCUUGAUGUCCUUGGUUUGUACAACUUACACGCUAGGCUUGUUCUAUCGCUAACCAGGAUUUUUCACAGAGCUUCGCCAAGUUCAAGGACGUGACAUUGGUCAUCUUUCUGGAGGAGAGCUUCAGCGAUUCGCCAUUGGUCUGGUCUGCGUCCAAAAGGCCGAUGUGUAAGACGGAUUUGCCCGAUUUUAUGCUUGUGGCCUUGAUUCUGACGGAGUUAUAGUUACAUGUUUGACGAACCGUCGUCGUAUCUUGAUGUCAAGCAGCGUCUCGCUGCCGCGCGUACAAUCCGAGAGCUUCUGCGACCCGACGACUAUGUUAUCGUUGUUGAGCACGAUCUGGCUGUCCUUGAUUACCUUUCCGAUUUUGUUUGCGUGCUUUACGGAAGGCCUGCAGUUUAUGGUGUGGUCACAUUGCCCUCUUCGGUUCGUGAAGGUAUCAAUAUCUUCUUGGAUGGUCAUAUCCCGACUGAGAACCUUCGAUUCCGAGAGGAAUCUCUCACCUUCCGUCUCGCCGAGGCAGGUGAUGACUUCAUGGUUAACAGAGACCGUGCUUUCAGCUAUCCAAGCAUGGAGAAAACUCUUGGUAACUUCCACUUGAAGAUCGAUGCCGGCAACUUCACAGACUCGGAGAUUGUCGUCAUGAUGGGAGAGAAUGGUACCGGCAAGACCACUUUCUGUAAGAUGCUCGCUGGCGCCGAGAAGCCCGAUAACAAUGUCUCGGUGCCCAAGUUGAACAUCAGCAUGAAGCCUCAGAAGAUUACCCCCAAGUUCCAAGGCACUGUCCGUCAGUUGUUCUUCAAGCGUAUCAAGGCUGCUUUCUUGUCGCCACAGUUCCAGACCGACGUCUACAAGCCCCUUAAGAUCGACGAUUUCAUUGACCAGGAGGUCCAGAACCUGUCUGGUGGUGAAUUGCAGCGUGUUGCUAUCGUCCUGGCUCUCGGAAUCCCCGCCGACAUUUACCUGAUUGACGAGCCUAGUGCUUAUCUCGACUCCGAGCAGCGUAUCGUGGCCGCGAGGGUCAUCAAGCGUUUCAUUAUGCACACCAAAAAGACCGCUUUCAUUGUCGAGCACGAUUUUAUCAUGUCUACUUAUCUUGCUGACAGAGUCAUUGUUUUCGACGGCAAGCCUUCCAUCGAUGCUCACGCCAACGCUCCCGAAUCUCUGGUUACCGGCUGCAACAGUUUCUUGCAGAGCCUGGAUGUUACCUUCCGCCGUGAUCCCAACAGUUACCGCCCUCGUAUCAACAAGUACCAGAGUCAGAUGGACCAGGAACAGAAGUUGAGCGGCAACUACGUAAGUCUCUUUGGCUAGUAUUGCACAUGAAUUUUAUGCUAACAUUUAUCUUCUUUAGUUCUUCCUGGAGGAAGAGAAUUGAAAAGGUUGUCCCAGGGAAGCAUGACCGCGACCGUCAUAGAGAUUAUGAUGAUCGCGACUCCCAUCGGCGGCAAGAUCGACGUCGCGGGAAACGGAGGGACCUUUGGUUAGUGGCGUUUUUCGGCGUUACCAAGGCUUCAACUCAAACUAGGCGGCGCCGUCUUCGUGGUGUGCGCCCUCUUGGUGAUAUGGAUGGUGCUUCGGAGGAGGAAGACGAUGAAGAAGACAACAAUGACUAGGGCCGGUGUUUUACCUGUUCCAGUCCGCUUCGCUGCGUCUAGUUGUCGUCUCUCAUUGUUGUCCUUCUCACACC